AUGUCGGCGUCAGGAUCCGGAGCAGCCAACGGAGCUUCAGAGUCGGCGAGCUCUGCGAAGAAGUCAUUCCCUCGCGUUGACUUGCAUGGCAAUGACCUCCCACCUUCACCCGCUCCCUCGAGUCCACACCCUGGUCGUCGAUACAACAUUGCCACCGAGCUGGUGUUCACUGAAGGCAAUGAUCAGUACAAUGCGAGCAGCGUGCCAAUUUACCAGAGUGCGACCUUCAAGCAGACUUCCGGCAGUGGUGGCGGAGAGUACGACUACACCCGGUCCGGCAACCCAACUCGCACCCAUCUCGAGCGACACCUGGCCAAGAUCAUGUCUGCACAGCGAGCACUAGUUGUAUCAUCUGGUAUGGCUGCGUUGGAUGUUAUCACUCGUCUGCUUCGUCCUGGCGACGAGGUUGUGACUGGUGAUGAUCUCUAUGGCGGCUCCCACCGUCUGCUCAAGUAUCUUUCCACAAACGGCGGCAUCGUGGUGCAUCAUGUCGACACGACCAACCCCGAGAAAGUCCUCCAAGUCUUGAACUCCAAGACCGCCAUGGUCUUAUUGGAAACCCCCACCAACCCACUUAUCAAGAUCGUCGAUAUUUCUCAGAUCGCUACCGCAGCACACGAAGCGAACCCCAACUGUCUCGUGUCUGUGGACAACACCAUGAUGUCGCCACUUCUCCUGAACCCUCUUGAGUUGGGCGCCGAUAUUGUAUAUGAGAGUGGUACCAAGUACCUGUCUGGUCAUCACGACCUGAUGGCUGGUGUGAUUGCUGUGAACGACCUGACUCUCGGCGAGCGCCUGUACUUCCCAAUCAACGCAUCCGGGUGUGGCCUAUCUCCGUUCGAUUCAUGGCUGCUGUUGCGUGGUGUCAAGACAUUGAAGGUGCGCAUGGACCAACAACAAAGCAAUGCUCAGCGAAUUGCCGAGUUCCUCGAGUCGCAUGGGUUCAAGGUACGGUACCCUGGACUUCGCUCGCAUCCUCAGUAUGAGCUACAUAACUCCAUGGCACGGGGUGCUGGAGCGGUGCUUUCAUUUGAGACGGGCGACGUCAAUGUCAGUGAGCGCAUCGUCGAGAGUGCGAAGAUCUGGGCAAUCAGUGUGAGCUUCGGCUGUGUGAACAGUCUGAUCAGUAUGCCCUGCCGUAUGAGCCAUGCUAGCAUCGAUGCGAAGACGCGGGCGGAACGCGCGAUGCCGGAGGACCUCAUUCGUCUGUGUGUCGGUAUUGAGGAUGUGGAUGACUUGAUUGAAGAUCUCCAGCGCGCUCUUGUUGAAGCGGGAGCCGUCAGGGUCACCUUGGACGGUAUCCACGCGGUGUCGGCCGAGUCGUCGUGA